AUGGAGGCAAGUGUCACUGAGACUCAUGACAAUGGAAAGAGGAAACAACAAAGAGAACUGCUAUUCAGGAGUAUAAAGACUGUCGAGGAGGAAACUAUAGAUGAUGUGACAACGGCUUUAAAAGACAUGAUGGUCCUCACUAGUCUGGACUUUGUAAGAGCAAAGGAAGCAAACAUUUCCCAUGGGAGGACCCUAGACCCUGAGAGAGAAAAUGUCAAAGUGUUCAGACAUAGUAUGGAGCAGAAGGAAGCCCCUGCCCCUCCCAAAGCCAAAGCCAAAGCAAAGGCUUUGAAGGCCAAGAAAGCAGUGCUGAAAGUCGUCCACAGUCAUAAAAAAAAGAUCCGCAGGUCACCUACAUUCCGAGGGCCCAAGACACUGUGUCUCCGAAGGCAGCCCAAAUAUCCUCUAAAGGGCGCCCCCAGGAGAAACAACCUUGACCACUAUGCCAUCAUCAAGUUCCCCCUGACUACCGAGUCAGCCAUGAAGAAAACAGAAGACAACAACACUCUUGUGUUCAUUGUGGAUGCCAAGGCCAACAAGCACCAGAUCAAACAGGCUGUGAAGAAGCUCUAUGACAUUGACGUGGCCAAGGUCUACACUCUGAUCAGGCCUGAUGGAGAAAAGAAAGCAUAUGUUCAACUGGCUCCUGACUAUGAUGCUUUGGAUGUUGCCAACAAAAUUGGGAUCAUCUAAACUGAGUCCAGCUGGCUAAAUCUAAAUAUAAAUUUUUUCAACAUAAAAAAAAAAAAAAAAAGAGUAGAGAGUU